AUGGCAAAACAACAAUUUAAGGAAGAGAACAAUUCGUUAUCCCCUUCUACCUCUAAUGGGAAUACUAACGCUAAAAAGGAUUCGAUUACAUCAAAAACACCUAUUAAUAAAGCCGAAUCUCCCCUGAUAGACCCCAGCCCUCGAAAACAGGCAUUGGCAACAUCAAUUCAUUUGGUUGAGUCACCCGAAAAUGAAAUUAUACAGCAUUCUACAAAUUACAACGGUAAUCUACAACAACCAUUCGAGACACCCGUCUUUGCUCCUAAUGAUCUGGAUCACUUAUUCCAAGAUAAUCUGCCUUCUAAUAAUGAGUUACAACUGCAACUACAUCAUUCCUCGACUUCAUUAAUGCAACACAUGACCAUAAACUCUGCACAUGUUAGUCCUACUGUGACUCAGUUUACUAUUCCUGAUUCUUUAGUACACCAAGGAGCAAUACCGUUUCCCAAAGCAGUCUCAUACACCCCUGAAAGUGUCAAUAUUAUUGCUGGGCAAUCUCAACAAAUUGGGGACCAUCCGCUGUACACAUCUCCUUAUAGCGCUGCUUCUUCUCCUACAGUUGUCAAUACCAUAAAUCCUUCACAAUAUGCAAAUGGAAAUCAAGAGAUCUUCACAGCUACAGGUACGACUCUUGUUCAGGAACAACUUGUUCAACAAAUGAUCACUACGGAUUUCGAUAAUUUGCUUGCACAUUCUUCUACAACAUCUGAUGCUAUCAUCUAUCCCGUUUAUUCUAUUCAACAACAAGAUUCCAACAAUGAGAGAAUAGUCGAAAGGACUACAACCGUGGCUUUCUCCGGUAGUCUGUCACUGGGACGUUCAUCUCUAUCGUCACCAACUAUCUUGGGGUUUCCUCCGCCUCCAUUACCGAACGCAAUCAGAAGUGUUACUACUUUCAAGAACAUUCAGGCAGACGUGAAGGAUUACCAAAACUCUUUAAAGGAAAAAAUUGUGAAAUUACAGUUGGGCGCAGGUAACCUUUAUACUGUCCGAAGAAUAUACCGUGCAUGGGUCAAGACUUUUAUUCAGCUUGCUUUUCUGUCAAAAAUGAUGUUUUCCUGUUUAUUGAACUUGACUACCAACUACUUACUAUCUAAUCCCCUUAAAAGCAAGAAAGCAUUAGUACGGUUGUCCCCAGUCGAGAGAGAAAAGACUUUAGAUAAGCUCGUGGUUUUGUCUAUUAAACAUUAUGCCCGUGUUAUCCGAACCUUAAGACGAAACUUAAAUAAUAAUACAGCUGCUGAUAUGUGUUCCCGUGUGUCAUAUGUUUUAAGUAUCAUGUCAAUUUAUGACCCAGAGGCUACGAAGAACUCAAUGAUUUGUUUCAGAGAUGGCCUUUUCUCUGUGUUAACGCACACUUACAAUAGCGUGAUGAGUAAGUGUCGGAAUCUAUCAGUACAAGAGAAUAUCCCAUUAAUUCAUUUAUUCAUGUUGAAGAAUUUGCUGAAGUCGGCGUAUUACCCUUCAUAUGACCCCACUUUCCUAAAAGAAUUCCAGGAACAGUUAUAUCUUUUCAGAUCUUUAAUUGGAGAUUCCUCUCUUUCAAGCAUGAGUGAUAUUCUAGAUGAUUUUACUGCCUUUUUGGAUCAAAUUUGUCUGAAACAUAUUCCAAUUUUAAUUAACGAGGUUGACAACCUUGCAACACAACAGGAUCUUCUACUAGACAUGCUCCAUAAAUGGACUAGAUUAUUCCCUUCCAAAUUUGUCUCAUACAACACGCAAAGUGAAGACAUGAUCGAGCAGGUACUCUAUCUCUUUUUCAUGGCACUCAAACGGAUCUUAAACAAUAUGUUUCCUCAAGUCAGAUUUUUCUUCAUUCAAGAUUUUGGUUCACCAUUGAUUUUAGAGGUCAACGAACAUGAUUUCGAUUAUGAUAUCUAUAAGAAUAUGCCCACAGAACCUGUUGAGCUUAGUUCUGGUGUUAUUCUUCAAUUGAAUGAUAUUUUACAGCUUAAGCAGAUUUCAGGUUAUUUGCUUCGGGUAAAUAAGUUCUUUGAUAAGCGUAUUGCUUUGAUAUAUGGGUUACAAGUGAAUAAUGACGUUGCCUUCCAUAUUGAGGGUGAUAUUCGUGUUUGGAGAGAAUCUAUAACUUCAUUGAGUCAAACUCGAAAGUACUUUGUGGACAGUCUAGGUUUGAAAGAGAUAUACAUGAAAUCUUUUGCUCACACAUUAAUUAGAAGCUAUAAUUAUCCUCGAUCCUUUGGAGGAAUAUCAGAGAUUUCUGAAGAUGAAGAAAUUAGGCAGGACAAUCUAGAUUUUACAGGCUUAAUGCCCAAUGGGUUCUUACCAGAAGACCAUGUUGGCAAAUCAUAG